AUGAUUGAACCUUAUCCAACCAACGAGCUGAUUAAACGUUGUGAUCCUCAAACUGUGGAAUCGCUUCAAGAUCGAUCUUAUGACUUCAUUUAUCUCGACGGUGAUCAUUCGUACGCUGGUGUAAAGCAAGAAAUGUUCUACUAUUGGCCAAAAGUUAGAAACGGUGGGAUGAUGGCCGGCCAUGAUUACUGUAAUUUCGGCGAGCAAAGUUUGGUUUGCAGUGGAUGUAGCGUCGUUCCCAAGUGUUUGCCAUAUACAGAGUAUGGAAUUGCGAGAGGGAAAAAAAACGGUCCGCUGGGUACUGCAGCGAAUGAAAACGAUGUUGUCCGGGCUGUGCAAGAAUGGAUGGCUGAAAUGAAUGAUCCCAGAUUGACGCUUCGGUACACAAGAGAAGAUUUCACACGCGAAAGCCUAGCUCAAGACGAUAUGGACUACGAAUUAGUUAUUACGAACACCCGCACACCUUCUUGGUACAUAUUGAAGCCAUUCUAG